AGUGGAGAGAACAAUUUACAAAUGCGAUAAACUCUCUAUCUUGACUGAGUGGAUUCAUGCAAUAUUCUGGUUAGGAUUUGAUAAAUUUACUGAAUUAGUGAUACUACCCAUUUUGUUUUGAUUUUACCAGUACAAUAACUGACAGGGGACAGUCACAAUACGAGAUAAACAAAGCCACAUGACCUGAUAAACUUAAGCUCCUUCAGUUAUGGGGUGUGGGAACUCUACAGCAGUUGGCGCGGACACAAACAACAAUAAAAGCACCUCCAAACAGGUCAACUCAGAGAAAGCUGUCGGAAACAAGCAUGCACUUGUUGUGGUUUCUAUUGGAACCACUAAUGCACGGGCCAAAAAAGAUGACUGGAAUUCAAAUUUAAAGCAAGAACCAGAAAUAGAAGAGAUUGAUGUUCCAAACCUUGUUUCUGGAUAUCAUGAACCGAAAGAACCUGAAAACCGGAAAGCCGAUAUUUUUAACAAAGACCAGAUGAACGCAGUGGACGCAUUAGCCAGACAGACGCCGGAUGAUCUUGCCGACAGCUAUGAGAGGCUUAUAAGCCAUCUCACCAGCAACUGUAAAACAGACGUGGAGAAAGUGCGAGCAAUAUUCAUAUGGAUGGCUAACCAAGAUAUUGACGGGGCAGACUACAGCAAGGUUACUGGAACUGAUACACCUCGAGGAGUCAUGAAGCUCAUGAAAGAUCGGAAAGCGCGUUAUUCUUCAUUAUUUGCUCUUCUGUGUCGCCAAGCUGAAAUCGAAUGUGUGGUGAUAGACGGUUGGGCUAAGUCUGCAAGUUACGAAGUCGGUGAUGCUGACACGGACUUGAAGAACUUACGGAACUCCUGGAAUGCCGUGUAUGUGACCGGUGGGUGGCGACUAGUGUUCCCUUUAUGGGCAUGCAGCGCGGUCGUAGGCCAUUCAACGGGUGCUUACACCAAAGUGGAGUCUAACGGGCAAGCGGUCAGAGAAAAAGAGGUGAAGUCAUCAGGGGUUACCGUCAAGCAAUUCAACGAGUACUACUUUCUCACAGAUCCAGACACAUUUAUUUAUGAAGCGUUUCCGGAGCAAGCAAGAUGGCAGCUUCUAUCUCCCCAAUGGGACUUUGCAAUGUUCGCAGAUGUUCCAUAUAUCCAACCUGAGUACUUUAAAUUAAAAGUUGAUAUCCGAAGCAAAUUUAGCGGCCGUUUGAAGUCAAAAGAUGGCGAGUGCCACAUUGAGCUUGCGUGCGGAGAUCCAUCAAACAUGAGCAUGACCUAUGAACUUUAUUACAACCACCUCGAGUCAGGACAUGAAAUCGAUGCCAACUUACAACUUAACAACUAUGUCUUGCUUAACCGAGCGGGUAACCGUUGGGAUUUCGGAAUCAGGUUCCCCGAAGCCGGUGUCUAUAAGUUUCAAAUUUUAGGCGGGAAAGAAUAUGAAACGUGGUUGUGUGCGUUCAAAAUAACUGUAGAUGAGGCUAUGGAAGACUGUAAACCUUUGCCAUUUAGUCCGGGCAAAGUUGGAUACGGGCCUACCAUGGAUACCGAAAUGGCUGGACUAAAAGCAGUAUCGCACAAAACUGGUAUUGUUAAGAUGUUUGCGAAUAAGCCCAUUGAGUUUAAUUUCACAUUAACGCGUGACAUUGCUGUACGGACAGAACUAUUGCACGCUACCAUAGCAAAGGGAGAGUUGCAGAAGUAUUGUAAAAUGACGCAGAAAUUCAGCAACGUUAGUGUUCAGGUUUCUGUACCAGAGGAUGGAGAGUAUGCUUUGGCUUUGCACGCUCAGCAGGAGAACAGAAAUGAUUACGACAACGUCUGUAAUUAUCUUCUGACGUCAGAGAAAAAGAAGAAGAAACGAGACGAUCCCAUAGAGAAACAGACUAGAACCAACGUGGCAGUUUUAGCAACGGAAAGAGGAAUUAAACACGUAGGUGAGCUAGAAGGAGAGAUAGAGAUAUUGCAAAGUUUGGGAAUGGACGACAAGGGAGAACUACAGGCCGCUCAGGACGCACUGGGGUAUAAAAAGGAUCAACAAUAUCUCAUGUAUGCAAUAAAUCGGCGCAACCUAGCAACACUUGAAAUCGCCAUCAAGCAAGGUCAUAAAUCGCGGUUCAAUGAUAAACUGGCCCGCUUGAUAGAGGACGCGGAAGAGUUGAGGAACCAUAUCAUAAAUUUGAUAAAGAUUGCGCACGAUAUUCUUGAGAUGAAGCAGUCCACCAUAUCCGAGCUCCGCAGCUACAAAUCUCCCCCGAACAUCAUCUUUGACAUUAUGCGGUCCACGUUCCUGAUGUUGGGUGAAACUAGCAAACAACUAGAGGUUUGGGAAAACCUCCAAGUUUUAAUGGGGAAAAUGGGAAAAAAAAAUAUGCUCCGACGCGUCAAGACGUUCGAUACGAUUAACGUAAAGCCGGGAGUGCAGCAAAAGGUGGAUGAGAUGCUCAAUAAAUACAGCGAGAUUGAGGCGCGUAUGGCCAGCGCGGGUGCAGGGACGUUUUAUUGUUGGCUGCGGGAUGUAUGCAUUGCCAUUCACCAGACUCAGCCAUCUACGGGGAUUGAUCCUUAACGCACUCGGACUUACAUCAGCUCUAAUUAAGAGUUGGCCUGAGCAAUAUUACAAAUCAAAUCUGCAAGACAAUUGUCCUUGUCAAAAACAAAGCAAAUUGCAACUGUGUGAUACACUUACUCUGUGCAAUAUAUGACCAAUAACGAUUAUAUUGCAGAAUCUUUAAAAUAUUCGUGAAGAGGAUAUACAAAAAAAUUAAUGCAAUUUAUAUACCAGAACCUUAUUUAUAAAAAACGGCUGAAACAUAAAACCGUUUGAUGAGACAGGCUUUAAUUAUCAUCUAUGAACGUGUACGUUGUAUCUACAAAACGGUGAUGUGACGGAAAUAUUGUCAAAGAAAAUAUAUUACGACAUCUAUAUUGUAUUAAAAUGCUUAUAAAAUUCAA